AUGGUGGGUCAGAGGGCUCCGCACAGACGGCUCAGCGUCCUGCUGCUGACGCCCCUCUGCCUUCUGCACGGAGGGGCCGCAGACCUUGACCAGCCCACCCUGAGUCACCUGUGCCAGGCGGGGGAGGCAGGGCCGGAAGACAGAGAACAUUCUGGGUUACCCUCAGAAGUCUGGGGUUAUCCUGACCAGGCCACUGUCGGGUGCUCCAUGCCUGGGUCCCCUUCUGUCCCUGGAGAAGCUGGCAGCAGCGGGAAGAGUCUGUUAUUGGGAGCGAGGCUCCCCCAGCUCUACCACCUACCCUGUGGUUCUAGAAGGAGUGACUUCCCGCUCAGUCUCAGGGGGCGCUAUUACUGUCAGCGUGCGGGUGGACCCGUACCCCACGGGCAGGGCCUCGCACAGAGGAAGAACUCAUGUCAGACCCCCGGGGAGACCGAGCGCCCCCUGAGAGCAGGGAUGGGCCUCCUCCCGUGUCAUCGCCACCCUGUGCCCGGGACGCAGCAGGCAGCGCCUAAUGACCGGCCGACGACUGAAGGCUGGAUGGGCGGGUGGCAGGCCGCGGUCACCGUCCCUUCGGGCAGUGGGUCUGGAAUCCCCUGGAAGCCUCACACAGACACCCACAGAGCCGGAGCUGCUGGUGGCCGUGUGGAUGUCCCAGGCAGCCCCAGUGGCCCCAGCGAGCCCCUGACAGAGGCCACGCGGUUCAGGGAGUGCGGGGGACUCUGUGGAGCUGGCCUGGGGCUCUGGCCCCGGCCUCUGCAGGUCUCCUGGAGCUUCACCCCCCUGGGCUCACAGGCCCGGCCUGUGGCCGUCACCCAUGGAGCGGAGUCCACAGUGGAGGCCGGGGCCUGGGCUCUGGGGGCCGUGAGUCUGCAGAACAGCAGCCUGGUGCUGCGGGAGCUGUGGGAGGCCGCCUGACCACCCCUGGACCAGGCCCUGCGCACGGCGGGCCCGCUGCAUGCCUGCUCCCUGCCCCUAUGGAAGCCCCAGGUGAGGCUGAGUGACCCGUUCCCAGUGGAGGGGACCUCCGUGGCUGCCACAUGUGCAGUACGGGAGGGCACAGAGCCCGUGACAUUCGCCUGGUGACAUUAGGCGCCUCAGGGCCCCUAGGAGGACCUGGUGGAGGUGUCAGACCAAUGGCUUCAGCUGGACUCAGUCAAUAGGACGCACCUGGGCUGGUAUGUAUGCAGUGCCCACAACGCGGUCAACCAGCUGAGCAGUGAUGGGACCUUUCUUGAUGUCAUCUGUGAGCCCGAGUUCCUUGGGGGCCUCGCCCAGUGCUUGACACAGUCGGUACGUGAUACACGCCUGGCGGACGGUGGGCAAGUCCAGCGAAGAUUCUAUGAGCGAGCGGAGGGCGGGGCGAGGAGAGAGGUGACCCUGAGCUGCCAGGCCGCAUCCAGCCCCCCGAGUCACUAGGCGGCUCGUGACCACACUCCGGUCCACAGCGGGCCCGUCAUCGCCUGCGCCAGCCGCGCCCACGCGGGCCUGUACACCUCGCCCCGCAGCAGCCGCCUGGACACCCGCGCCCAGACACCAGGCUCACCGUCCACCGGGAAUCCCCCUGAGGGCCAGCCCUCUUGAACUGUGCCCCCCACCCUUGGGGCUGUGAUUUUGGUCUGCACCUGGCCCGGGGGGCUUUCAACUGCCCAGCUGCCGUGGGAAGGGCCCCAGGGAACUGGCCCUACUGCUCUCAGCAACGUCACCUGGAGUCCAGCCGCCCGGCUCCCCAGCGGCAGUGUGUUCACCUGCACUGGCCAGCACCCGGCCCUGGCGCUGCCCACCCUCUGCAGGAUCACGCUGUGUGAGAGGACUCGGGACACAGGGACCCCCCCGCCCCGGAGCCCUACCUGCUGGACCACAGCCACUGUGGGAGACCAGUUCAUCAUGCUGAGCUGUGAGUGGCCUGGAGGCGAGCCCCCUGCCAUGCUGAGCUGGCAGGAUGGACAGCAGCAGCCCCUCACUGCGGCCGUCCAUCUGCUGCAGGCCCAGGAAGACCUGGCUGGCUGAGAGUUCACCUGUCGGGGUACUCACCCCCUCAGUGUCCCUGACCCCCACUGCCAGCUCCAGCUGGAAGCCCCGCAGCUGGCGGUGGCCCAGCCCAGGCCGGUGCCGGGAGGCGGAGAGGCCAGGCUGGGGUGCGCCCUCCUGGGGGACACGCCGCCCGCCCGGCUCCUCUGGCAGGGACCCCGGCGGCGGCUCCUCCUCGGCACCAGCACUGUCCCCUUAGCGGAGCCCCCCUUCAGCGCCUAUCCGGAAGUGCUGGGUGCAGCGGGCACAGGAGUGGUGGUGGCAACGGUGGCUUCCCUCCUGGUGUUCCAGCAUGCUGCCCAGCACCCCGAGACUUUGCCCUGCCUUGGUCAGUUGCUUGUUCCCAUUUGACAAAGUCACCAAUACAGGGAUUCAAGGGAAGGCCUGGAGGCACCAGCAGGCCUUGAACCACCACCCACCACCCCAGGCUCAGAUCCUGCACAAGAACCCACAGAUGCCCUAGUUAAUGUCACCAUCACUGUGACCACGACCUCAUGA